UGGUUUAGUUUCCUCUUCCUGAGGUCGGUGCGUGCGCUGCUUGAUUUGCUCGCCAGUCCGAAGAUUUUUUUUGGUGUGUUGCUGAGAGCUGCUGUAGGGAUGAUGAUGAUGGCGGAGCUGGUACAGGGACAGGCCUCGGUGGCUCAGCCUGGAACGAAAGCAGAUGGCUUCGCCGACGCCUUACACCGGGCCCGACAGAUUGCAGCUAAGAUGGGAGGUGACCAGAUGCCCCACAUGAACAACUCCUCUCCAGUCCUAGACCCCUCUCUCUACGGCUACGGAGGCCAAAAGCGCUCAAUGGAUGAUGGAGUAGGUAACCAGCUAGGUGGAAUGGUACAUCAAAGGGCUAUUAUGACAGAAGACUUCAAAGUGCCUGAUAAGAUGGUUGGAUUCAUCAUUGGAAGAGGAGGAGAGCAGAUCACGAGAAUUCAGUUAGAGUCAGGCUGCAAGAUCCAGAUUGCUGCAGAGAGCGGAGGCAUGAUGGACAGGCCCUGCACCCUAACUGGAAGCCCAGAGAACAUCGAGCAGGCCAAGAGGCUGCUGAGCCAGAUCGUGGACCGGUGUCGAAACGGCCCAGGCUUCCACAGUGAGAUGGACGGCAACAGCGCCAUCCAGGAGAUCCUAAUCCCUGCCAGCAAAGUGGGCCUGGUCAUCGGCAAGGGAGGGGACACCAUCAAACAGCUGCAGGAGAGAACUGGUGUUAAGAUGAUCAUGAUCCAGGACGGCCCUAUGCCCACUGGAGCAGACAAACCCCUGAGAAUCACUGGGGACCCCUACAAAGUGCAGCAAGCACGGGAGCUGGUGGUAGAGAUCAUCCGGGACAAGGAUCAGGGAGACUUCCGGGCCAACAGGGGAGACUUUGGAUCCAGACUGGGGGGAAGCAGUCUGGAUGUGGCAGUCCCCAGGUUUGCUGUGGGCAUUGUCAUUGGCAGGAACGGAGAGAUGAUCAAGAAGAUCCAGAAUGACUCUGGGGUCAGGAUCCAGUUCAAACCAGACGAUGGCAUCAGCCCCGACCGGAUUGCCCAGGUGAUGGGCCAGCCUGAUCGCUGCCAGCAUGCUGUUCACCUCAUCAACGAGCUGGUCCACACGGCACAGGAUCGGGAUGGAUUUGGGGGUCCCGUGGGCCCCAGAGGCCGGGGCAGAGGCCGUGGGGACUGGAGCAUGGGCGCACCCGGUGGACUGCAGGAAGUGACAUACACGAUACCCGCCGACAAGUGUGGCCUGGUGAUUGGGAAAGGUGGCGAAACCAUCAAGAACAUCAACCAGCAGUCUGGAGCGCAUGUGGAGCUGCAGAGAAACCCGCCGCCCAACACCGACCCCAACGUGCGCAUUUUCUCCAUCCGCGGCACCUCCCAACAGAUGGAAAUGGCCCGCCAGCUGAUCGAUGAGAAGAUUGGGGCCUCAGGAAUGGGGGGCAACAGCAGUUUUGGUCUGAACCCCUUUGGUCAAGGACCAGCUACCCCUCAUCAGAAUGGACCCCAGACAUUCAUGACAGGUGGAUGGGGCACAACAUAUCAGACAUGGCAGCCUCAGGGCCAGCAGGACCCCAGUCAGCAGAGCCAAGCCCAGAGCAGUGGCCCUGACUACAGCAAAGCAUGGGAGGAAUACUACAAGAAACAGAACCAGGCAGCAGGCCCUGGCUCCCAGCAGAGCUCCCCUCCGGAUUACAGUGCUGCCUGGGUGGAGUAUUACAGACAACAGGGGGCCUACUAUGGCCAAGGUGCACAGCAGACACAGGCCCCAGGCCUUCAGAGAGGACGCCCUUUAGUUGAAGAUUUUUGA